GAGCUGCUAGUUGUGACCACUGCCAAGGAACGCAAUGACGGGUUCGAUAGAUUUGUCAGCUAUGCUCGGAGAUUCAAAUACAACCUCAAAGUGUUAGGCCUGGAUGACCAGUGGUCGUCGGACCUGGACGUGGAAGUUAAAUUAGAAGAUGGGCUUCGGGUUGAAUUGUACAAAAACGUGUUGGAACGUCACAAGUACAGUGGUAAUUUGGUCGUGCUCUUCGUCAAAAAUUCGGACACGGUGAUAACGCAAUCGUCUGACAAACUACUGGAGCAGUUUGUGAAGAUGAAAGCUGACGUUGUAUUCUCCUCAGACAAAUCCUGCCUACCUUCCUCUGAUCUGGCGGAAUAUUAUCCAACGGUGAAAGUUAAUGAAAAAAGAUACCUUAGCUCCGCAUCGUUUAUUGGUUAUGCAUCGAGUCUGUAUAGCAUGAUGUCAAGUUUGGUAUACAAUGCUAAAGGAGUCGAUGAUCAAACUUACUUUACAAACGUUUUCCUCAAUGAUAGAGAGAAAUACAAUAUCGUGCUGGAUAGCCGUAGUUCUAUAUUUCAAAACCUCAACGAUGAUCAGGAUGAUGUGUCAAUCAAUUUCGACUCCUCCUACACUUACCUUUAUAACGAUCUUACCGGUACAAGCCCAAUCAUCAUUCAUGGCAACGGGCCAAUUAGGGCGGGGUUAAACAGCUUGACCAAUUACGUGCCCGACCAAUGGACAAUUAGCAGAGGAUGUCUUCAUUGUCUGGUUGAUACCAGGUCUUUGGAUGGUAUUGAAGUACCAGCCUACCCUCAAAUAUACAUGGCCAUCUUCAUUGAGAAACCCAUGUACUUCGUGGAAGACUUUUUCCUCAGAGUUUCGAAAUUGACCUAUCCAAAAGAGAGAAUUGAUCUUUAUAUACAUUAUUUGGAUGUCAUGCACGCGAAAAAUGCUGAAAAGUUUGUCGCUGAACACGGCAACAAUUUCAAAUCAGUACAAGUCCAGUCCGACAGUGAAGUGGCCACGUAUAAGGCUAAAAUAUAUGCAUUUGAGCAGUGCAUGAAGAUGAACUGCGAGUACUUCUUCUCGUUGGACGCUGAAGCCCACAUUGAAAAACUCGACCUCAUAGAGAUGCUUAUCGAAAGGAACAGGUCAUUAGUCGCACCAAUGUUGGUGAGGCCGGGCAAGAUGUGGGCGAAUUUCAUGGGCACGUCAACAACUGAUGGUCACUUCAAGAAAUCCGACGACUUCACAACUCUUGUCCUUAGGGAGAGGAAAGGUUUAUGGAAUGUUCCGUACCUUACAAGUGCAUUCCUUCUUCAAGCUCGUCAUCUUCCGUCCAUCUCACGGAUCGAAUUUAAGGAGGGUGAUAACAUUGACGCCGUAUUCUGUUUGGAGAUGAGGAAAAGGUUCAUCUUCAUGUACGUAGACAACUUCGAAUAUUAUGGCCACCUAGUUAACAGUGACGAUUUUGAUGCUACUGCCAACCACCUUAACAGUGAUCUCUACGCUAUAUUUUCCAAUGCCUACACAUGGGAGAAAAAAUACGUGCACCCAGACUACUUCCCGCUCCUGAAUCAAACUGUCGAGGAUUACCAAUCGCCAUGUCCGGAUGUGUUCUGGUUUCCGAUCGUGACUGAAAAGUUUUGCGACGAGUUGGUCGGUGAGAUGGAACACUUUGGAGAUUGGUCGUCUGGGAAAAAUGAGGACAAUCGUCUUGAAACAGGUUAUGAGAACGUACCAACGGUUGACAUACACACGAACCAGAUCGGCUGGGAGGACCACUGGCUGCAGUUUCUCAAGAAUUAUAUCGUUCCGCUCAAUCAGAGAGCUUUCGAAGGAUACUUUAGUGAGGGUCGUGCCUUGAUGAAUUUUGUGGUGAGGUACCGGCCAGAUGAGCAGGAUAGACUGAGACCCCAUGCAGACUCGUCGACAUUCACCGUCAACAUCGCCCUCAACACACCUGGAGUAGAUUACCAGGGUGGUGGUGUGAGAAUGCUUCGUUACGAGUGCAGUGUCACUGAACUCAAAAAAGGUUGGAUGUUAAUGCACCCAGGCAAACUGACCCACCACCACGAGGGCUUGCCAGUUACAGCAGGGACCCGGUACAUCAUGGUCUCGUUCGUCGAUCCUACCCCAUAA